UCCUCGUUGCCCCGACCUCCCCCAAUCCCUGCCUCCUCUCCUCUCCCCAAUCUGCUGCCUCUCCCCAAUCCACCGCCUCUCCCUCAAGGCGCUGUCUCUCUCCUCCUCCCGCGUCUUUGACCCCGCCGACCCGCCGCAGCCGGCGCUCUUCCGUUCCCCCUCUGCCUUCCCUCUCUCUCCAGCCCGCUGCCGCCUCCCUUCUUCACCUCCGUGGUGGUCCACGGCGUCGCUGAGGAGCGCAGGCCGCCGUAUCCAUUCAUCUGGCAGGCUUCUCCUCUGUCGUGCCCUGCUGGUGGUGGCUUUCUCCGACAAGGAGAGCUCGCUGUCCCUGAGCAUGGCGACCUCCGCGUCCCUAUCCGUUUCCACCACCUCCGCCGCUAGAUCCGGGCAUGGCGACCUCCAGGACGGACCUCUCCUUCCAGGGCAGAGAACGACGCCCGAAGGUACGUCAGCGCCUGUAGAGGGCGAGGGAGAGCGGCGACAGCGGAGAUUUCUUCACCACUGCCUCUGCAUCUCUCUGUCUCUACCAUGGCCCUGCCUACUCUUCUACAGGGCAAGAACCAAAUAGGGCCCAUGACUGGCAGCAUCUGCCCUCGAGCUCCAGCUGAAGCAAAUAAUCCCCAAGGUGUUGUUCAAUCCAUCGGUUGCUUGCAGUGUGCUGUGAUUAAGGAGGACAUGUUAUUUUAGUGUGCGAGAGAGAUCUUGCAGGCUGGCAUGUACGUCUCCAACUCUAUUGAUUCUAUAUAUGUUUGCUAUAUUGACUCUAUCUUCAUGGUGCUUGUUUCCCUCUAAUCUAUCUCUAGGUGGUUGAUGUUAUAUAUGUUUCUACUGUGUUAAAUUUUAGUCUUACUACAGUAGCUCAUAGGAUUUGUGUAUUAUUAAGAACAUGUACUUUUUUGGUCUUAUAUUUGCCCCAAUUUACUGCUGAUAAGAACAUGCAGAAAAAUUGUUCUUUUAAUGUUUCUUCUUGAUGUUGAGAACAAAUGCUUUGGACAUGAGCAUGUGAGCAAUUGGAGUAGUCUGAAGAAGAGAGCAAGAAAACAAUGUCAACAUGCUGGUUGUGCUAGCUGAUGUACUCUUUGAUGACAUUUUGCUGUGUUGUAAAGUUAUCAUUAUUGACCAGUACAUUCCUGGUGCCGAGCUCCCUAAAAUCAACACUUUGUAGCUUUAUGUGUAUGGGAAAUAGUGGAAAAAGAAUUUUACCUUAGUGAUCAUCUCUGUACUGAAAUUCUUGAUGUGUGGAUACAAGUAUAUGAGCUAGAAUUCUGAGAAUUAUAUUUUCCAAUGUAAACUUUUACCAACAACAAGUAUCCCCUAAUUUUUCUGCGAUAAGCAAUGUUGACAACAGUGCCAUAUCUAAUCAUGCCUAAGUGUUUUGGCUUGCGAUGUUUAGCUUGUUCUUGUUUCUUAAAUUUUUUGUCAGCUUACUUUGUUAAGCUCCUCUUAUGGCAGCUGGGAGGAUCAUUCACCUGACCAAGCACAGUAUGAUGGUAGUAUCAAAUAUGAGAUUAUUAAAGCAUCUUUUGUGUUUCCCUUUGGCAGAUUCCUCAAGCACUGGCAGGGCUGCGGUAAUGGGGAGUGUCAGCAACUAAAAUUAAUUCAUUUAUCCUUGGAAGUGGGAUAACAAGAAGGGAAAAUGGCAUGCAUGAUCACUCUUUUUUAAUGUAAAAAAUAUUAACUGGAAUUUAAGAAUGUUGACACCGCAUCUCUGGUUCAUUAAUGAAAUUUUCUGCUCUUCAGUUUAACUUUCUGUGGCUCGUUGUGAUAGUGAAGGUCGAUAUUUUGAUAUCUAAUGGAAUGUACAUAUUCUUGCCAUUUUAUAGUUGACUUCCUGCCAUGAUUUGCUUCCUAAAAGAAGUAGUAGCAGUCAACUUGAAAUAAGUAAUUUAUCUAGCUACAAAUGCUUAUUCUAGACUGAUUAUGUAUCUUUCAAAUGUGGGCAAUGGUUUAUAGUUGACACUUUAGUCUACAUAUCUGCUAAAUAUUUACAUGUUUGCAUGGCCAGAAAAAUCAGAUACUGUACUUAAACUUUAGUGAUGGGUUAAAUAUUCUACUUCUUUCGACUAAAUGUUCAUCAAGGACCGCACGCCUGAAACAAUUAACUGGCUUUGCUUUUGGUACAUGUUCCAUGUAUAUAACUCAUUUUUCUGUUUCUUGAGGAUAAAGACACCAUAUAGAGAUUUUAGAGGUUGACCCUGGUUUCAGAUAGAAAGUGCAUGAUGGUUUAAAUUUAUUCUACUCCUUACAUGAGGGUCUAUGCUACUUUCAAACUUGAGCGGAGAUUUUAUUAUAUGAUAUAAAUUAAAUCAUUUGUUUCUACUGCAUGUUAAAGGAGUUGGCCAAUGUUGGCAUGAAGCCAUAAAAGUUAGCUGGUUGUGGAGGAUUUUGGUAGUGGUGAUGAAUUGGCACCUUUUCUUGCUUGCCAUCAUGCCAUGAUUCGAAAUUUGGUUCUCAGGCUAGGUGGUGUGGUUACUUUCAAUAGCGCUUCAGUUCUGCAGUCGACAGUUCGACCUCAUGCUAGGGCAGCCUCAGACAGUUGCCUCUUCUACCAAAGGUAUGCCUUCUACCGAAAGUGCGAGAACAACGAUGAUCUCAGGCUCAAGAAUCAUCGAGGUUGCUCCUUCUCUGUUCCUUUGGUCAAGUCAUAUACUAAUACCGCGUUGGAUAAAGAGGAGAGGGAUGUGCGGCAGCGGACGGGAGAGGGUCACCGGAAGGAACAGCUGGUCAUCGUUCACAUCGCGCUGGGCCAGAGAUGGUUCUUUACAACCCACACGUCCGCAGAGUCCACAAGUGGUUGCCCUGAAGUCUCCUCCUUGCCCGGCUUAUUCAUUAAGGGUCCGUCAGCUACUUAUGCUUUGCUAGACAAUGAGAGUAUGUAGAUAGCAUGUACUGUUUUUCAUUGUUUUGCGCAGGUUGAGAUGCACCACAUGAUGUUUUCCUUUUACAUUUAUGAGUAUUACAUAGUCCUUUCUUUUUCCACAAGGGGCAGUAGUUGUGCCAUUUGAUUCGAAGGACAAAGAGUUGAUCACAAAGGGGUAGCAUUCACGAUAUGUACACAAAAGUAUAUGACCAAACUAUAUGAUGUAAUUGACCACUAUUUCUAUUAACUUCUCUUGUAUACAAUGUUCACGAGUUCAUGUAUUAAGUACAUUUUAUUGUGUCA